GAUCUCGUCCGAGAGGUGCCAGAGGAGAAGCGAGGGCGCUCGGCGGUGGGGCUGCCGGCAGUGUGCCGUAGAGCCGUAGAGCGGCUGAGAGGAGGGAAAGGGAGGAAAACACACACACGCGCGCACACACACGCGCGCACGCCGAGAGUGAGGGAGAAAGGGAGAGAAAACAAACCCCGCGAGCCUCGGAGCGGCUUCGGAUCUGGGAAGAGAAGUGAGGUUGGAGAAAGUACAGCGAUGCCAAGGCGGAAACAGCAGGCACCCAAAAGGGCGGCAGGUUAUGUCCAAGAAGAUGAUCUGAAAGAUGAAGAAGACAUAAAAGAGGAGGAAGAGGAUGACGAUGAAAGCAAUUCAACGGCUCAUCUUCAGGGUAGCAAUGACCCAGGAACAGAUGAAGAACAUGACACGGGCCCUGAUCCAAGAGGAAGCUUCAGCUAUCAGAAUUCCCCAGGGAGUCAUAUCUCCAAUCAGGAUGUGGAGAACGAAUCACUGCUGAGUGAUGCUAGUGACCAGGUGGCAGACAUUAAAAGCCUUUGCUCCAGGGAGGCACAGGACUCCAAAGGCAAUAUACAUCCCAAGCAUCCAAGUGAAGCACAUAGCUGCAUGGAUAAGAUGACAGCUGUCUAUGCUAACAUCCUUUCAGAUUCUUAUUGGACAGGUUUGGGACUGGGGCUCAAGCUGUCCAAUUCUGAUAAGAGGGGAUGUGAUAAUAGAAACGGAGCAAGCAAAAGUGACUUUGAUUGGCAUCAGGAUGCCUUGACCAAAAGCUUGCAGCAGAGUUUACCAGUUCGGCCACUGUCCAAGCCGAACCUUUUCAGCUCAGUCCAGCUGUACAGACAAAGCAGCAAAAUGUGUGGAACUGUAUUCACAGGUGCUAGUAGGUUUCGGUGUAGGCAGUGCAGUGCUGCCUACGAUACCUUAGUUGAGCUGACUGUCCAUAUGAAUGAAAGUGGCCAUUACCAAGAUGACAACCAUAAAAAAGACAAGCACAGACCUACCAGCUAUUCCAAGCCCCGGAAAAGGGCUUUUCAGGACAUGGAUAAAGAAGACGCUCAGAAAGUUCUGAAAUGUAUGUUCUGUGGUGACUCUUUUGACUCUCUUCAAGACCUAAGUGUCCAUAUGAUCAAAACAAAACAUUACCAAAAAGUGCCUUUGAAGGAGCCAGUACCUACCAUUUCUUCCAAAAUGGUAACUCCAAAUAAGAAACGCGUGUUCGACAUUAAUAGGCCUUGCUCUCCGGAUUCAACCACAGGAUCGUUUGCUGACACAUUUUCUUCUCACAAGAAUGCCAAUCUGCCAUUAUCAUCUAACAAUCGUUAUGGCUACCAGAAUGGUGCCAGCUACACAUGGCAGUUUGAAGCAUGCAAAUCACAGAUUCUCAAGUGCAUGGAAUGCGGGAGCUCACACGAUACUUUGCAGCAACUCACAACCCACAUGAUGGUCACCGGUCACUUCCUGAAAGUCACAAGCUCAGCUUCCAAGAAAGGGAAACAACUUGUUUUGGAUCCUCUGGCUGUGGAAAAGAUGCAGUCACUCUCUGAUGCAUCAGCCAGUGACAGCCAGCAUUCAAAACCCUCCAGUAACUCAUCAACUGAUUCUACAGCUCCUGCUUCAGAGCUAAAAAAAGAAAGGAAGCAAAAUAAAUCUGAGGAAGUGAAUAAAGAUGAAAAAGUGGUAAAAAAUGAAGACUAUGAAGACGUUCUUCAAAAGCCACUAGACCCAACAAUGAAAUAUCAAUAUCUCCGGGAGGAAGAUUUAGAAGAUGCUUCAAAAGGUGGUGGAGACAUUUUGAAGUCUUUGGAAAAUACUGUCACCACAGCCAUCAAUAAAGCUCAGAAUGGAGCACCCAGCUGGAGUGCGUAUCCCAGCAUCCAUGCAGCAUACCAGCUCUCAGAAGGAACAAAGCCUUCCUUACCUGUGGGGUCCCAAGUGUUGCAAGUUCGACCAACAGUUACUAAUAAACUGAGGCCUAUUGCUCCAAAAUGGAAAGUGAUGCCUCUAGUGCCCGUGUCAGCUAACAUAGUCCAGUGCGCUCAACUGAAAAAAGAAGGAGACUCAAAAAAGGAAGCUCAUAAGGACUACAUUAAAGAUGGCAACAAGACAGACAUGGCCCCUGCAUACCAAAAUGAAGGAGACUCUCCUCCUCAGGCCGACAUGUGUGUAGAGCCCAAAAAGUCAGAGCUAAGUCCUUUGAAGGAGGAACACAAGACAAAGGAAGAGGAAGAAAAAAUAAAAACAAAGGAAUCUGUGACGUCAUCUCUCAGCAAUGGAUGCACUACUGGGAACCACUGUUCAGAGCUGCCUGGUUUAAAUCCACUCAGUGCCCUGCAGUCUGUGCUGAACAACCAUCUGGGUAAAGCAAAUGAGCCUUUGCGGCCUCAGUCAAACUCCAGCCCCAGUUCAAGUUCAGCAUCUUUGUUCCACAAACCAAAUUUAAAUAUAAUAGAGAAGCCUGUUCUGUCUCCUGCUUCAACGCCAGCAAAACCUGCAGGUGUUACAUCCAGGCGUUAUGUGUUUGAGAGCAAUGAUCAGCCAAUUGACCUGACAAAAUCAAAGAAUAAGAAAGGGGAAUCAGUUCAGGCUCAGUCUUGUACUUCCCCACCUCAGAAGCAUGCUCUGUCUGACAUUGCAGACAUGGUCAAAGUUCUUCCCAAAGCAACAACUCCAAAACCUGCUGCUUCAUCCAGAAUCCCAUCAAUGAAACUGGAAAUGGAUGUUCGGCGUUUUGAAGAUGUCUCAACAGAAGUCUCCACUUUACAUAAAAGAAAAGGAAGGCAGUCCAACUGGAAUCCUCAGCAUCUCCUGAUUUUGCAAGCGCAGUUUGCGUCCAGUCUCUUCCAAACAUCGGAGGGUAAAUAUUUAUUGUCAGAUCUGGGCCCUCAAGAACGUAUGCAGAUUUCCAAGUUUACUGGGUUGUCCAUGACUACCAUUAGCCAUUGGCUGGCGAACGUCAAGUACCAGCUCAGAAAAACUGGGGGGACAAAGUUUUUGAAAAACAUGGAUAAAGGACACCCCAUCUUUUAUUGCAGUGAUUGUGCAUCUCAGUUUAGAACCCCAUCAACAUACAUCAGCCAUUUAGAAUCCCAUCUAGGUUUCCAAAUGAAGGACAUGAACAAGUUGGCUGUGGAGCAGCAAACCAAGGUAGAGCAAGAAAUUUCCAGAAUUUCAGUUCAAAGAUCUCCUGAAACAAUAGCUGGAGAAGAGGACACAGACUCUAAGUUCAAAUGUAAGUUGUGCUCUCGGACAUUUGUGAGCAAACACGCUGUAAAACUUCACCUAAGCAAAACACACAGCAAGUCACCAGAACAUCAUUCACAGUUUGUAGCAGAAGUGGAUGAAGGAUAACUCUUAAGGUAUGCAUGCCUUAACUGCAAAAGAAAAAAAAAGUGUUUUAAUAUGAUGUUGAUCAAAGGAGGGUUCUUAAAGCCCUUCUGCUUUAUUUAAAAAAAAAAACUCUUAUGUUCCAGGAUGCCAAUUUCUUUCCAAACACUGGCUUCUCUGUCUGUAAUUGUUGCAUGAUGGGGCAAAUUUUGCAUGGACAGCUGCUUCCAUCAGCCUGUUUCUGUGAUGGAAAAACCUUUACCCUUUGCAUUUUUCCCAGUCAUGUGCUCUUAAAGGCAAAGGAACCUCUGCCAAGAACAGAUUUGGCACUCUUGCUUGCUAUUGAUACCAUGUUCCUAUUUAGCUAACCUAGCCCUGUAAUCCUUCAAUAGAAAAGCAAAGCAUGCUGGACAUUUCAUUCUAAUGGUUCCCAAUGAAAUUGUGUUUCCUUAUAGCAGUGCUUCUCAACCUUGGCAAGAUGUGUGGACUUCAACUCCCAGAACUCCCCAGCCAGCAUCCCCAGCCAGUUGAAGUCCACACAUCUUAAAGGUGCUAAGGUUGAGAAACAUUGGCUUAUCGUAUUUGAAGCAACUCUGUCCCCUUUUUGUCUGAGCACGUCGGCAAGAGUCACUACAAAUUGAUGUUUCAGUGUCCAGUUUUCAAUAAUGGGAUUCCUCUGCUUAAUUUUAAUACUUUAUGAAUUCAAGAGCCUUUUGUUCCUCCCUUCACUGCUCAUUGCUGGUGAAUUAUCAAGCCUGUUUUGGGGAUUGCUGCCUAGAACCUAUGGAUCAACAGGAAGACUCAUAUCCUUCUACUUUCUUUGGACACAAGGUUAUUAAGAGCAUCCAGAAGUCAGUGUAGAGAUUAUGCCCAGUGUGAGGUUCAGUCCCUGGUAUCUCCAGCUGAUGUAUCUCAUCAGGUGAUAGCUCUUGGAAAGCCAUUCUCAACAGGCAAGGCUGAAUCGUGUUUGCAAAGCUGUUGCCAGUCUGAUAGAUUCGGACAAAUGUUUUCACCGCUAGAUUUAAGCAGCUGUUAGGAUGAUAAUAGUCAAAUAUGCCCCAAAUACAUUCAAAAACCCAAUCUAUAACUAUCAAGCAAAACUCCAAACCAGUUUUUUUUCUUCUUUUUCAUUUUCUUUACUUUAAGAUCCCCUAAUCUAGGGUUAGGUGACAUUUUUGGGCUGGGGACAAAUGGUGAUAGCAUGUGGUAGGCACAUUCACAAAAUGGCUGUCAUGAAAGAUUGGCCUUUUUGUAAAAUGGCUGCUAUGAAAUGAUGGAGAUUCCCACGUAUCCAUUUACUAGAAGGUAAUUAGCAAUUAAUAGGUUCUUGUGGGACCCAAAGGUAUUCCUAUAAAUAAUUAUUAUGCUAAAGGCUGGUCUUUUGCUUUGCAGCAUGUUCAUCUUCUAUUAAAUUUAUUUUAUUAAACUAUUCUUUUUAUUAAAAAAAAACAAAAAAAUCAAGUGAGGUAGGCAGCUUAACAGGAACCAAGGGAUGCAUUUGCAGUCAUGUUGGUAUCUGGAGGCAACACAUUGAUUAUCCUGACUUAAUAGUAAACAACUGGUGCUCAGCUGAUUGGAAAGCAGUAUAAGCCUGCAGUUGUUUCAAAAGUACAGAGAAGGGAAACAUGCGUUACUGUAUGUAUUACAACUGUGCAAAUUUUCAUUGCACCAAGUUCAAAUUACCAAGUCUUUGAUGAUUCAGUGCAUAAACUUGAUUCAGACUGAAUCAAAGAAUCCAAUUUGAUUGAGGGGGAUAAAAAGGUUUUUGGCACAUGCACAGUCAGAUUUCUGAAUCAAAUUGACCCAGUUCAUACUUUUGGAUUUCAAACUCCAUUUGAUUAUUCAAAUCAAUUCAAUGAUUCAGAUUGAAUUGAUCUUAUUCUUUGAAUUGAUUUGACAAAUCACAGCAGACACUAUUUGCACAGGCCUAAUAUUUAUUAGGUUUUAACGUGUUUUUCUAUGUCUGACAUGCUUUAGCAAAAAAUAAAAACCAAUCAAAAAUAAAACAGUAAAAUACUGUAACGAUAAUAAAACUACUUGAAUAUCA